AUGCAUUUCUGUUGUGCGGUCACAGAAUUGCCCGCGAAGCUCUUAACAGCUGUUAACUUUUGGCCAAACCCAUUCAUGCUUCUCCAAAGACGGAGCUCGAUAGGUCGACAACAGUUGACACGGGGUCAACUUUGGACCACACUUUUCUAUUCGAGUAUCUUGUUGAUUGCGAUCCAGGCUCAAACCAACUCAGAGAUUCCUGAUCACCGAACUUUACAUCCUUUAUCACCCGAUUCCCCGGUUCGACGUGAAACUGCAGCAUCAGAGCCUACUUACAAUCUGACGUUACAUUAUGGACUAUCAGGUGGCGAGCCACAAGAUUCACAAUAUUUAGCUACAGUGGAAUGGCAUCUCCGACAUAAAGCGCUUGUGGUACUCGACAAUCCAAUUAUUCGAUCAAUGCAUUGUACUGCAGAUGGAAUCUCUUUGGAAUUCAAUUCUACAGAAGCCAGACGCCGAGCUGAAGAGUGGGAGUUGCCUCUCAUCCUGAUCACUGAAGGGUCGAAUGGAGAUUGCGCUUACGACCUCGAAGGACAUGAGGAAUACCAUCCGAUCACACUUGAUUCUCUACUUAGAUUAGACUCAGACUCAGAUCAAAUUAUGAGCUUCUCAGGGUAUCGUUCACGUUGGGAUAUGGUUGGACAUGAUUAUCAAGUUCAACUAGAACAUCACACAAAUUCACCGAAUUCACUUCAACGUCGUAGACUUCGUGAUGCACCGGAGUUUGAUUUUAACCCAUCAAUCAAUUAUAAUGUUACCACCAAGGAAGCCAAAGAAAGUGAAAUACCUUUAACAGUAUGGGAAGAAGAUAAUCAUUCAGUCGAAAUCACGUUAAGAGAUUCUUACUUUCACGCUAGAGUUCAUCUAAUCCUUGAAACUGGAAGUCGAAUCAUAAACGUUGGAAUCAAUUCAUCCAUCAAAAUCGUCCUUUCACUUUCUAAAGCUGAACGAAAGUUGAAAGAGAGCUUACGAACGGUAGCAAGAUCCUCCAAACAAUCUACUUUGAGAUGGUUCACAAUCUUGAGUCGUGAACUAUCUGACGCCUUUUCGCAAUUCAUUCAAAAACUUUCGGAAUACACCCAAAAUCCGCCAACCGAUGAGGCCGAAAGCCUCAAAGUUAAGGAAUCAAUCAGACAAGCUGCAUUAGCAACAAAACAUAAAGCUCAAAAACUUACAGCUGUUGCAGAAGGAGAACUUUAUGUUUCAAUCAAUGAUGGGCUAUCACCAGAGACGAAGUUGCAAGUUCUCGGUCUUGUGAAGGAGACUGUUCGGAUCACUGAAGAUGAAAUUGAAAGUUCUAUUAAAACCUUAACCAAUGCUUCAAUUUCUGAAGCCGAUGUUUGUUCGGAGGAGAAUUUCAAACCGGUUCAUGGAAAUUUGACUCCAAGAAGUUGGAUUUCGCUUGAUACCUUACGGUCUCAUCGCUUUGCAUUUUGUAGGCGCGGUCGUCGAAGGAUGAAUGCCAGGAUCACUGGAAGAAUGAAAGCUCGCGUGGAUUUGAAAGUGGAUGUGAAGGGAAGGGUCGAGUUUGAAUUAGGAAAUAUCCCGGUUAUAUCGGCUGGAUUGACAGGAUUGUCGAUUCCAAAUAUCAUCACAAUCGGACCGGAAGUAAGGCUGGUCACUAGUUCAACUAUCGCUUUCCAAGGCACAGCCAGUACAACCUUUGGAGCUGAUAUAGAGUGGGAACGUAUGGACACCACAAUUGACGCUCAUGCAGAUCCGUCCCUUAGCAGUUCCUCACCUAUAAAACCCUUCAUUACUCUUCACAAGCCUAGCUUUAACAUCGAGCCAGUAGAGCUCAGUGUUGUCCAAGAUUUGAAGCCACAAUUCAAUUUUGGGAUCAUGUUGGAGGUGGUCAAUCUGGAAGCUUCCAUCGGGGUAGGUGCUAGGAUCGGACUUGAGAAUAGUUUCAAGUUCGGAUUAGGAUUGGAUGGAUCUGAAGUUGACGGAUGUCCAGAUGGAAUGAAGUAUGUAGUCCGUCUAAAAGCUGCACUUGAAGCAUUGGUAAAUGUUCCAACCAAGCGCUCGUGGUUAGGACUGCCUAGUGGACUAUUUCCUCCUAAGACCGUCUUCACGCUCUUAGAGAUGAAGCCUUUGAAUUUAUUCAACCAUUGCUUCAAGACUCCUUCAUUCUGUAGAUCGAGCAAGGCAAAUCAAACCAUAUCCACUUGUGUUAAUCGAAUAUCUAGUGAUGAGCUUUGA